AUGGCACCCUCAGCAUCAUCAUCAUCAAUAACGCCCAACGCAGCGGAGCAAAAGUCUCGUCUGCUACGCUUCACAGGACAUCGCAACUUCCGUCAACGACUCAUUCUCGCCCUCGUCUCGCAGCGCCCCGUCCGCAUCGACUCGAUCCGACCUGAUUCUUCUAGCCCCGGUAUUCGUGAUUUCGAAGCCAACUUCCUCCGUCUCAUCGAAAAGGUCACCAAUGGAACCCAUGUUGAAAUUUCAUACACUGGUACUUCGGUCCUACUCAAGCCAGGCGUUAUUGCUGGCGGGAAAGUUGUCCAUGACUGCUCCCUGACAAGAGGUAUUGGAUACUGGCUUGAAUGGAUGGUCGUCCUUGCACCUUUUGCAAAGAAAGAGUUCAACCUCACACUGCGAGGAGUGACCAACAUAGACGGCGAUCUCGGUGUAGACACUAUCCGAACUGUCACCCUCCCUCACCUCUCCCUCUUCCUUCCACUCGAUUCGCUGUCGACACUGGCAAGCUCGCUCGAGCUCCGCAUCGCAAAACGUGGCUCAGCCCCUUUGGGUGGAGGAGAAGUCCAAUUCCGAUGUCCUAUCAUCAAACAUCUCACCACACUCAAUUUUACCGCCCCUGGUCGAAUUAAAAAGAUUAGAGGCAUUGCAAUUUCCACUCGUGUCAGCCCGCAGAUGGCCAACCGUCUGAUUGAUGCUGCAAGAGGUGUUCUCGGACGCUACAUCCCCGAUCUCUACCUCUUUGCCGAUGUGUAUCGCGGUGAAGAUUCCGGCAAGUCUCCCGGUUUCGCCAUCACUCUCCUCGCAACUUCAACGACGGGUGCAAUCUACUCUGCUGAAGCAGCGUCUAAAACCCAAGACCCCGGUUUGCCAGAAGACCUUGCCCAAUCAGCCGCAAGACUGUUGCUUACGGAAAUCGCACAGAGGGGUUGUGUGGAUAGAAGCCAUCAACCGCUAGUGUUGUUGCUGAUGGCUUUGAGUCCACAAGAUGUAGCAAAGUGUACGAUGGCCGCUCCUACGGCGAAUGCGGUGCAGAUGAUGAGGGACAUUAAAGAAGCGUUAGGGGUGAGCUUUAAGAUUUCCCCCGCGGACAAUGGCGCAGUUGGUACGGCAAGCAAUAUUGUUGAUGCAGAGGAAAGCGAAGACGAUGAUGAGGAUGAAGAGGAGCAUGAGGAGGUAAAGAGGAAGAAAGAGGUGUUGCAGAAGAUCACCAAUCCUGAUCAAUUCGCUGUAAGCUGUGUCGGCAUCAACUUUGGCGGAUUCAAGAAGGUCGGUUAA